AUGACCACAAGGAUUCAACACGCACUAGGUGAACUCGCUACCAUGUUCGAAAAGUCACACCCAACGUCACCGAAUACUGAAGAAGAGUUCGCACAGUACUCAACUACUGCUGAAGAAGCCAUUGGCAAUACUUUCGAAUACCUUGUACUCCUUCAUGCUCGGAUCCAUGGCUUCAAGGCUCAUGCUGAGCUUCUCAACACAUCCUACAAACACUCCACUACGAAUAGUAGUAAAGAUGAAUCCACCGUCACCGCGGUCGUGAAAAAUCUGGAGCUACCCACAAUCCCAAUCCCAACAUUCAAUGGCGACAACUGGGACUGGGAUAACUUUUGGGAGCUUUUCAACUUAAACGUACAUUCACAAAAUCUUUCAGAGCUACAAAAAUUCAAUUACCUACUUAACUUCUUAAAAGGGGAACCUCUACAAUCGAUGAAGAAGUUCCAACUCACUAGGCAAAACUACUUAAAAGCCAUAGAAUUCCUCACUAAUAAGUACGGUAAUUCUGAAGAACUCAUUCGCCACCUCCUCAGAAAGAUGGACAAAAUCUCCCUUCACUCGUCGUCCAUACACCAGCAACGCAGACUAUUGGAAGACAUAGAAGCCAUCAUAGGCCAAUUAGUGCAAAAAGGUGAAAAUGUCGACAAUCAGUCCAUGUAUCAAAAGGUUCUUUCGAAAUUUCCAGUCGGGAUCCAACGUAAAGUUAUUCACAAAAAGAUCACUUCUCCCGACGAACCNAGGCAAAACUACUUAAAAGCCAUAGAAUUCCUCACUAAUAAGUACGGUAAUCCUGAAGAACUCAUUCGCCAGCUCCUCAGAAAGAUGGACAAAAUCUCCCUUCACUCGUCGUCCAUACACGAGCAACGCAGACUAUUGGAAGACAUAGAAGCCAUCAUAGGCCAAUUAGUGCAAAAAGGUGAAAAUGUCGACAAUCAGUCCAUGUAUCAAAAGGUUCUUUCGAAAUUUCCAUUCGGGAUCCAACGUAAAGUUAUUCAUAAAAAGAUUACUUCUCCCGACGAACCCUUCACCAUGAAGCAGUUUCUAAAAUAUUUUAAAGUGGUUAUAACCAGCGAGGAACAGGUAUGCCGCUAG